UGUCCGGUAUGGCUCCCUAUGCCAUGUAAAGUAGCUGUGGAUCCUAGUGAGUUUGUUUUGACUACUCUUACAUUGAAUUAUUUCCCCAAUUUAAUCUGAGAGGUUAUUCAUACAAAUGUGUCCGUAAAUUCACUGACUGACAGGACAAGGAGACCCGACGUAGAAUGUCAAACUGUGUCGCGUUGCAGACCCACCUGGCAUCCGUCAUGGGGACUUUAAUUCAUGCGGCUAUUGCUGAAAUGUGCAAACUUGUGGAUGAAGGAUCCGUGUUCUUAUUGAGUCUGGAACUUACAGAGGAACAGAGGGCAGAUGAGGAACUAAAGAGAAAGCUGCAACUGGAGAGUGAGAUGAGGAUGACCCAGUUUGCCUCCAUUAUGGAAGUCCUGGGGAACGAGGCGCUGGGGAAGAUCAUCAAACUAGUGGAUGAAACAAAGUUUCUUCUGGACAUGGAGUGCAAGACGUUCCAGGGCAAAAAGGCAAAGCCUCCUGGCUGCUUCUUAAACAUCUUGUCAGUUGGUGGGAUGGAAGAGGAGCAUUCGUACGAUGGUGGUGGCCGAAGUGCUGACGUAGGUCCUGAGGAGUCCUUAGAUGAGCAGACAGACAGACCUGAAUCUCCACUCCUCAAGGCCGUCACCAUCAGGGAUGAAUUUGGCAAGAUCGAUCUGGCAAAACUUGCAGCUAGUGUGCUGGACCCUGGCUCCAAAGACGCCCUGUCUGCUGACGAGCAGAGCAGCAGUGACGGCAACGAAAACCUGGAGGGCUUCGCCGGCAUCAUUAGCAGUUCUGGGAAGAAGAUCCUGAUUUGCUCAGAGUGCGGGAAAAGUUUCUCCACCAUGAGCAAGCUGAAGUCCCACCAGCGCAUCCACACGGGCGAGAAGCCCUUCGGUUGCGAGCUGUGCGGCAAAGCCUUCGCCCACAAGCAGAGCCUAAACGUCCAUCAGAACAUGCACACGGGCAAGAAGCCCUUCACGUGUGAUGUCUGUGGCAAGACCUUCAGCAAAGCAUCGCAUAUGAAGACCCAUCAGAUCAUCCACACGGGAGAGAAGCCCUUUUCUUGCCAGGAAUGUGGAAAGAAGUUCAACCUGGCCCAAAAUCUGGCGCGACACCAGCUUAUCCACACAGGGGAGAAAGUGUUCAGCUGCCUGAUCUGCCAAAAGAGGUUCACGCGAGCAGUCACACUCAAGAGCCAUCAGCUGAUCCACACUGGGCAGAAACCCUUCAAGUGCUCCAUCUGUAGCAAGAGCUUCCGGCAUGCGGUCAAUCUGAAAAUCCAUGAGCGCAUUCACAUGGACGUACGGCCCUACACCUGCGAUCUGUGCGGCAAGGCCUUCCGGCAGUCGGUCAACUUGAAGAUCCACAAACGCAUCCACACGGGCGAGAAGCCCUUCACCUGCAAGGAGUGCGGCAAGAGCUUCAGCCAGCAGAGCAGCCUGGUCUCACACAGGCGCACGCACUCGGGGGAGAAGCCCUUCGGCUGCACCUUCUGCGAGAAGCGCUUCAACAACACCAACAGCCUGAAGCUGCACGAGCGCACGCACACGGGCGAAAAGCCGUACAACUGCGAGUUCUGCGGGAAGACCUUCAGCCAGGGCAGUCACCUGCGCACGCACAAGCGGCACGUGCACGCGGGAGGCAAGCAGUACAUCUGCGACAAGUGUGGGAAGAGGUACUCGGACCACGCAACCUAAAGCUCCAUAAGUGUGUGUACGCUUGAUCCCCUCUCGUCAGCUGUGAGGGUUUGAAUUGACAGUAAGCUGUCGUCCUUGACUAAUGGAAUGCAGUAACGGAAGUAAUUUUGCUGGGUGUUUGCACUGUGCAUAUAUAGCCUACAUACUUUAUUUUGGGACAGAGAUUCCCAAGAGGAGGGCCUGUUUAGCCUCACACUGUCAUGCUGUAUGUAGGCCACUAAAGGCCUAUGUCGUUACUGUCCGGUGACUUUGUGAUGUCACCAAACCUUUCAACUUAAAAAGGGUAGAUUUUUUAUUAUUUUUAUUUAGGUCUACAACAAUCUUGGGUAAAUUCAGGGAAGUAGUCUAGAGUAAAAAUACUCAUUAUCUCUGAGUUGAAGUACACUGGGAGAGUGUGCAUGCUGUUUGAGAAUAGAAUCAAAAGUUUUCUGUCUUCCUCUAAACCCACAAUGAAUCCAAGCAUUUGAGUUCAAAAUGAUUCUCACAGACCCCGUGUGCAUUUUAUCAAAAAUGUUUCAUGAGGUAACAGACAGAAACAAUUAUAUAACUCCCAGCUGUCUCACGCGAGGGCAGGGGGCUCUGGGUCGGAGAAGGAUGGACAAACCAUGUGGCCUUUCAUUCCGGAUCUCAACCUUGCAGCAAGUGGGUAGCAUGUCAUUACAACAUACCAAGCAAGAGUAGGAUCCCUUCUACCAGAAUGUUCUCAGUGGAUGGAAUUACUUCUUUUGAACUGUUGACAGACACACCAAAAUAAGCCAAACAGCCUUUGUUUGUGUGUAUUACGAGUUGUUUCAAAUGAGAAUAGAUUGUACAUACAGAUCUAACAUUUUGGGUUUAUUUAUAUUUUUAAAACAAACUUUUUAAGUAAUUGAAUUGUGGAGUACUGCAGUUCUUGUGUAAAUGCAUUACCAAUGUGAAGUUGUCAUCGGAAAAUGACAAUCCCUAUACUACUGUAUGAGCAUAGGAAAUCAUUUGAAAUGUAUUAAGUACUGAAAGCCGAUUCAUAAUGACCCCAUUUUCAAGGAACCUGUGGGUUUAAAAAGAGAUGUCCGCAGUCUUGUUUUGUGUCGUGCUGAAAUCCGCUACAAUCGACCACGGCAUUGGCUGCACAUUUACAUUUUGUUUCAAUUCCUUUGUGAAAGUGACCUAUGGUAACCUGACAGUGGUAAUUUGUGCAAAUCCAAAUAAAAAAAGCCAUCUGUCAUAAUGAUAAUAAAAUAAAAUUAACAGCA